AUGCCACCACGGUUAAGGGCCGCACAACGGCUGGCCAAUUCACAUCAUCAUCUCCUCCAAUCCUCACAGAACACCUCGAUAUACAGCCUAACACAAUCCACAUGCACAUCGUCAUGCCGUGCCUUCAGCUCGACGCCCAACCUACAGAUAUCUAAACGCCGACAAGCGAUGUUCGGCUGGCUAAACGGGCCCGGCAGGGUAUUCAAGGACCCCAUACCGUCGAGCACAAACUAUCUGACAGCCUACGAGAAGGAUGGUAAACCGAAGGCGACUCAGACCAGAGUAGGGCCCGAUGGGCAGCUGGUAGAAGUCGAGUCGUCACCGCGACCAUUCCCGCAUAACCCGGUGUUUAUCAGCGAGAGCGUGUUGAGUGAAGAGCUACGGAAUGAGAUAUAUGAGCAGGUUGUUAAUAAAGGGAAGAGUGUGAAAACCGUGAGUGUUAUGUUUGGAGUUGAUAUGAGGCGUAUCGGGGCGGUGGUGAGACUGGUUGAGCUGGAGAAGCGGAUGAAAGCCGAGGUGAGUUUGAAUAGCCCAAACAUUUAUACCCUAUCCCCCAUCUCUAUCCCCAUCCCUAUGCUGGGGCAAUAUGGUCUUCCAUGA